CCUCCACCCACCUCAGUCCAUUCUGGUCCCUACACCGCACCGUGCUCGGACCCGGGGCCGCCUGCGCCGUCGCUGCUCACGUGAGUCCCGCGGUGCCCCCUCCCGCCGCGCUGCCGGAGGGGCAUGGACUCGGGCCGGGACUUCCUGACCCUGCAUGGCCUGCAGGAUGACAAGGACCUACAGGCCCUGCUGAAGGGCAGCCAGCUCCUGAAGGUGAAGUCCAGCUCAUGGCGAAGAGAGCGCUUCUACAAGUUGCAGGAGGACUGUAAGACCAUCUGGCAGGAGUCUCGCAAGGUCAUGAGGUCCCCAGAGUCCCAGCUGUUCUCCAUCGAGGACAUUCAGGAGGUACGGAUGGGGCACCGCACAGAGGGACUGGAGAAGUUUGCCCGAGAUGUGCCCGAGGAUCGCUGCUUCUCCAUUGUCUUCAAGGACCAGCGCAACACACUAGACCUCAUCGCCCCGACACCCGCCGACGCCCAACACUGGGUACAGGGUCUACGCAAGAUCAUCCACCACUCGGGCUCCAUGGAUCAGCGACAGAAGCUGCAGCACUGGAUUCACUCUUGCUUACGGAAGGCUGACAAGAACAAGGACAACAAGAUGAGCUUCAAGGAGCUGCAGAACUUCCUGAAGGAGCUCAACAUCCAGGUGGAUGACAGCUAUGCCCGGAAGAUCUUCAGGGAAUGUGACCACUCCCAGACAGACUCCCUGGAGGAUGAGGAGAUCGAGGCUUUCUACAAGAUGCUGACCCAGCGGGAGGAGAUCGACCGCGCCUUUGCUGAGGCUGCAGGCUCCUCGGAGACGCUUUCGGUGGAUCAGUUGGUGACCUUCCUGCAGCACCAGCAGCGGGAGGAGGCAGCAGGGCCAGCGCUGGCUCUCUCCCUCAUCGAGCGCUAUGAGCCCAAUGAGACUGCCAAGGCGCAGCGGCAGAUGACCAAGGAUGGCUUCCUCAUGUACCUGCUGUCAGCUGACGGCAGCGCCUUUAGCCUGGCGCACCGGAGGGUCUACCAGGAUAUGAGCCAGCCGCUCAGCCACUACCUGGUGUCCUCCUCACACAACACUUACCUGCUGGAGGACCAGCUCACAGGGCCCAGCAGUACCGAAGCCUACAUCCGGGCCCUGUGCAAAGGCUGCCGCUGCUUGGAGCUCGACUGCUGGGAUGGGCCCAACCUCGAGCCAAUCAUCUACCACGGCUACACGUUCACGUCCAAGAUCCUCUUGUGUGACGUGCUCAGGGCCAUCCGGGACUAUGCCUUCAAGGUGUCCCCUUACCCGGUCAUCCUGUCCCUGGAGAACCACUGCAGCUUGGAGCAGCAGCGCGUGAUGGCAAGACACCUGCGUGCCAUCCUGGGGCCCAUGAUGCUGGACCGGCCACUCGAUGGGGUCACCACUAGCCUGCCCUCCCCCGAGCAAUUGAAGGGGAAGAUCCUGCUGAAGGGGAAGAAGCUUGGGGGAUUGCUGCCCCUGGGAGGGGAAAGCAGCCCCGAGGCCACGGUUGUGUCAGACGAAGAUGAAGCUGCAGAGAUAGAGGACGAGGCAGUGAGGAGCCGAGUGCAGCACAAGCCCAGGGAGGACAAGCUCAGGCUGGCACAGGAGCUCUCCGACAUGGUCAUUUACUGCAAGAGUGUCCACUUUGGGGGCUUUUCUAGUUCUGGCACCUCCGGGCAGGCUUUCUAUGAGAUGGCGUCCUUCUCAGAGAACCGAGCCCUCCGAAUGCUCCAAGAGUCAGGAAACAGCUUUGUCCGUCACAACGAGGGGCACCUGAGCAGGAUCUACCCAGCCGGGUGGAGAACAGACUCCUCCAACUACAGCCCCGUGGAGAUGUGGAACGGGGGCUGCCAGAUUGUGGCCCUGAACUUCCAGACACCUGGGCCAGAGAUGGACGUGUACCAGGGUCGCUUCCAGGACAAUGGGGCCUGCGGGUAUGUGCUGAAGCCUGCAUUCCUGAGAGACCCCAACACCACCUUCAACGCACGUGCCCUGACUCAAGGGCCCUGGUGGUCCCGGAAGCAGCUCAGCAUCAGGGUCAUCUCUGGACAGCAGCUGCCCAAAGUCAACAAGAGUAAGAAUUCAAUUGUGGACCCCAAGGUGACCGUGGAGAUCCAUGGCGUGGGCCGAGACAUGGCCAGCCGCCAGACUGCUGUAAUCACCAAUAACGGUUUCAACCCGUGGUGGGACACGGAGUUUGAGUUUGAGGUGGCUGUGCCUGAGCUGGCGCUGGUCCGCUUUGUGGUGGAGGAUUACGACGCCUCCUCCAAGAACGACUUCAUCGGCCAGAGCACCAUCCCCUGGAACAGCCUCAAGCAGGGGUACCGCCACGUCCACCUCCUGUCUAAGAACGGAGACCAGCAUCCAUCAGCCACCCUCUUUGUGAAGAUCUCCAUCCGGGACUAGGCCUCUGGGGUCAGGUGGGGUCCACCCUGAGUCCGUCAGGCCCUCUGUCCACACCUGGAGGCAGGGCUGGUGUGGCUGCUCCCAACCUCCACCGCGGAGCCAGAGGUCCCUGAAUGGCCUUCAACGCUAACACACUGUCUGUGCUGCUGCCUCUCUGGGGUUCCAGGAGCUGCCCCGGGCCCUGGAACUGUCCUCAUUUCCGUUAGCAACAACACUGCAGCCCUCUCCGCCCUCUGGCCAGUGUUAGGUCAAGGGUUUUUAUAAAAAUCACAGUAAGA